GAACAGGCGCGCAUACCACCACACGGACGCAACAGGUCAGAAUUGGGUCAUGAGCUCUACGACCAUUCGUACCAGUCAGCUUCACGUGCUGCAGUCAAACGUCCAUCAUCAAGAAAACUUUACAUGGGCAGUGCGUACACGAGUAGUAUAUAAAUGGACACUCUUCAAACUUGUCGAUGGAACUUGGCACAUCUGUGAUUCACUGCGCGUUGAAAUCGAAACUGGAUCAGGUUUGAGAGUUAUCCACGGACAUGGAGAUGGUCAACAAAGCGGUGGCAGAUGAAGGUCCAUAGUAAGUCGAGGUGAUAUCCGUGUGAGGAUGCAGCUGGGCAUUCUGUUUAAAUGUUCAAGAAUUUGACUCCGACACUAGCCAAUUUAAAUGUAGAUGCUUGACGUUAUCAGAACAUCAUAUACUCACGUUCGAAUUUUGAUUAUAAUGGCUUUGAUUGGGUUUAAGUCGCUUUCAAACUUUCAUUAGAAUGUUAAUUCAAACAGUCCUGCUGUUAAGAAUUCGAUGCUGAUGAACGGACAGUCUCGAGAUGAGAUGAUAUCCGAAAGUGUAUCGGUUAGUUGUGUGGAUUUUUCACUUCCUGUUGUGUCCAGUUGUAACUAGAUAGAUAUAAGGUUUGUUGCUAUACCGCGGUC